GAUCAGUUAAAUCACAUGUAUUCAGGGCAUCAGCUGUGGAUAUUUAACCGAGGCAGAGAUCAGACUGACAUCCAGACGGACGAGGAACAAGGAACGAGACUACUCCACUACUUCACCUGAGAUUAUAUUCCAGCUGCAGAGAGCUGUGAGAGCCCUGAACCAUGCGUCCCGUUGUGGUUACUGCCAUCCUUCUUCUGGGGGUGCUGAUGUUCAUGUCGGACUCUGCAGCCGGGGAUCUUGCACAAGUGUGUAAGACCAUAUAUCCGGUCACACCGUGUAAAAACAAGAAACUCGGUGAAGGCUGGUUCCAGAUGGGUAGCAACCGCUGUGUGAAGGCGUUCUACAAUACUCAGCAUUUGGGCCAUUCUGAUGCAGAGAUGACUUGUAGAAAAUUCCCAAAUGGCCAUCUGGUAUCGAUCCACAAUGACGCGGAGGUGAAUCAAGUCCAAUGUGCCAUGUAUAAAGCAACCACCGGAAAAGCUCACUACUGGAUCGGAGCCUUCCUUAUUGAUGAGGGUGAUUUUUACAAACACAAUUAUCGUUUUGUUUGGACGGAUGGCAGUAGUUUUGGUUACACCAACUGGGCUCGUGGCCAGCCUGACAAUGCUUGGCGCAGAGAGCACUGCGUUGAGAUGAACUAUUGGGACUGGGGACUCUGGAACGAUGCGAACUGUAAUGAGGCUAAGCCCUACGUGUGUGCAGUGAAUGUCUAGUGGUUCAGAGAGAAACUGAAGAGCAGCAGUUGGACCAGUCUGCUUCAACUGGAGCCACUGCAAACUUUUACAUUUACUGCAAUAAAUAUUCAGCAUCAGAAAAC